CUCUUCUCUGAGGUUCUUUCAGUGCAAAACACACAUACGAGAAGAGCCAAAUGGCAAGUAUGAAGAUGAGUAGCAGGUUGGUUCUUUUAUGUAUUGUGUGUGUUUUUGUGCAAACAACAUUUGCAAGGAAGCUUCUACAAUUGCCAUCCGGAAACAUCCUCGGCUUUGGCGGAAUUGACCAAAUUAUCGGAAAUGUUGCCGGCGGUGGAGGUGGCGGCGGAGGGGGAGGAGGAGGUUCAGAUGGUGGAAGCGGUUGGGGAAUUGGAGGUGGAUCUGGCUUUUUUAGUGGACCAGGCAAUGCCGGCGGGGGUGGUGGUGGCGGUGGCGGAGGAGGAGGAGGAGGUUCAGAUGGUGGAAGAGGUUGGGGAAUUGGAGGUGGAUCUGGCUUUUUUAGUGGACCAGGCAAUGCCGGCGGCGGUGGUGGUGGCAGUGGCGGAGGAGGAGGAGGAGGUGUGAAUGGUGGAUCUGGUCAGGGGUUUGGAAUUGGCGGGGGUAGUGGAUCAGGCAGCAAUGGAGGUGGCGGUGGCGGUGGCGGAGGAGGAGGCGGCGGCGGCGGUGAAGACGGCGGAAAUGGUUUUGGUGGCGGAGCUGGUCAAGGCUAUGGAGUGGGAGUAGUGGCGACUCUUGAUCCUACUAUUGAAGAUUGAAUUAGGCCUUUUUUUUGGUGAUCACCAGAUUUUGCUCAAAUAUAGGUUUUUAGAAUAAAUAAAUAAGAGGGAAAUUGUGCAUACUAUGUUCUUUUAAUGAAUUUUUUUUUCACUGAAUAAUGUUAUAGGUAUUCCUGAUUUUAUCGAUUUUGAGUUUGAGAAUUGUCUUUGAAAUUAUGUUUAUCGAUAUAAUUUCAAUUACUCCACUCCAGUUUUGGUUCU